UAAGGAAAUAAAUCUGAAAAUAUAUUUUCGUUUAUUGUUGACCUUUCUGUUUCAGAAAUUUAAAAUCUUAUUUUUUGCUAAAAAACAUUUCCGUGUUUACGUUAAUAUAUAUCGUAUCAAAAUAAUUCCUGCCAUGCCGUCUUGGUUUAGAAAACACUUUAGUUGUUUUAGACGCGAGUUAAGUGACAUUGCCAUCAACUCAAACAGAAAUUUAGUAAAAUCAAGAAAUUUCAAUAAUAAAUCAUGUGAUAAAAUUAAAGAUAAAAUAAAACAAAAUGCAUUCAUUGAAUAUUCGAAAAACUGUGAUAACCAAUUAUUUAGAAGAAAUUCAAUUAAAAAUGAAAAGGGAACCUCGAAGAAAGGUCGUGUGCAUUCAGCAGUUGUGUCAAAAAUCAAUGAACACUCACGAUCUGUUACGGUUGAGUGGUAUGAAAGAGGUGAAACCAAGGGAAAAGAGGUCGAGUUGGAUGCCAUUUUACAACUAAAUGCGAAUUUACUGCAAGAACAACAUGUAGCCCCAGAACCGAAAAAACAAGCUACUGCCCCUCUAUCACGGGAAACAUCACACUCAUCGAUUGAGGAGGAAGAAGAGGAAGAAGGCGAAGAUGAUGAUGGUUUGCUCAUUGAUGAUGGUGAUGAUGGUGAAAUUAGUGCGCAGAUGGUAUGCAGUAAUGGAUCAACCAUAUCAGGAGGCGGUGGAAACACUCAAGUAUCCAAUGGCGGAGGUGGCGGCGGUGGUACAUUACCAAUUCGUCAGACCGUUAAUUCGCGUACUGGAUCGAAUGCAACGCAAGGUGCAAUCAGGGUUAUGAAUAAAUUGAAUGGCACAAACGCUCAAAACGGACAUCGUACAAAUCGUACGUCAAUUAGUGCAGUUGCGAACUCUCAAAACGGGCAGGGCGACCACGUCGAGAAUAUCCCGCCACAACAAGCGACUGGAAUCCCGAAAGCGGCGCGCAUUCAACCACCAAAUGCAAAAAUGUCUAUUACGGCAGGUGUGACAAACUCAGCAACUGCUAAUGCUGGUGCCAGGCGUUCAUAUGUCGUUAAAGAAGUUGAACGAUUAAAAGAGAAUCGUGAAAAAAGACGCGCUCGUCAAGCUGAACUUAAGGAAGAAAAAAAUGCGCUUAUGAAUUUGGAUCCAGGGAAUCCGAACUGGGAAACGGCUGCAAUGAUCCGCGAAUACCAAAGCACAAUCGAAUUUCGACCUUUAGUCGAUGGGCUACCAAUAGAGGAUCAUCAGAUCACAGUUUGUGUACGAAAGAGGCCAUUGAGUAGAAAAGAAAUAAUGAGAAAAGAAAUAGAUGUGAUAUCUGUGCCUAAUAAAGAUCAGCUCAUCGUGCAUGAACCGAAAACAAAAGUGGAUUUAACGAAAUUUUUAGAGAAUCACCGGUUUCGUUUCGAUUACGCUUUUGACGAUAAUUGCAAUAAUCAGAUUGUUUACAAGUAUACGGCUAAACCUUUAGUGCAGACAAUCUUCGAAGGAGGCAUGGCAACUUGUUUCGCGUAUGGUCAAACUGGAUCCGGUAAGACGCAUACAAUGGGUGGUGAAUUCAAUGGGAAAACUCAAGACUGUAAAAAUGGAAUAUACGCAAUGGCCGCUAAAGAUGUCUUCAAUCUCCUUCAUAGUCCCCGAUAUAAACAUUUGAAUUUAGUAGUAUCAGCUAGCUUCUUUGAAAUUUAUAGUGGAAAGGUAUUCGAUUUAUUAUCAGAUAAACAAAAACUACGAGUUCUUGAGGAUGGCAAACAACAAGUUCAAGUCGUUGGUUUAACGGAGAAAGUAGUCGACUGCGUGGAUGAAGUAUUAAAACUUAUUCAACAUGGAAACAGUGCUCGAACAUCAGGACAAACAUCAGCAAAUUCCAAUUCAUCACGAUCACAUGCUGUGUUCCAAAUUGUACUGAGGCCACCUGGAUCGGCACGGAUUCAUGGAAAAUUCUCAUUUAUCGAUUUAGCUGGUAACGAACGAGGCGCAGACACAUCAUCAGCAAAUCGGCAAACGCGCAUGGAAGGUGCUGAAAUUAAUAAAUCUUUGCUAGCACUAAAAGAAUGUAUCCGCGCUCUGGGCAAACAAAGUGCACAUUUACCAUUCCGAGUAUCAAAAUUAACGCAAGUGUUACGAGACUCAUUCAUUGGUGAGAAAAGUAAAACUUGUAUGAUUGCGAUGAUAUCACCUGGCCUAAGUUCAUGCGAACAUACUCUGAAUACUCUACGUUACGCUGAUCGUGUGAAGGAGUUGGUUGUAAAGGAUAAUCUAGACAUGCGAGGCGAUGAGGUAGAACAAAUGGAUAGUGAUGAUCACAAAAACCGCCAAUUGAAUGAAAAUGAACUGGCACAUCUGAGAUCAUUAAGUGAACACGAUAUGUCAGACGAACUGUUCAAUCAACAUGCGGCAAUAUCCGAUCUUCAACAAACAGAAGAAAUCAUAGUUGAUCAACACAAAGCCAUUAACGAGUUUUUAUCGCGGUUCUUACCAGAAAGUCGAGAUCUUUACAAUGUAACGAACUACGUAGACUACGACCAAGAUGCAUAUUGUAAACGUGGCGAAGAAAUGUUUACACAGCUUGCAGAUUUAGCGACACAAUGUCGUGACACAAUGGCUGAAUUCCGAGCUAAGUUGGCUCAAGAGGAAAUGCUGUCGCAUACUAUUAAGCCUGACGGAGAAGAAGAGGAAAAUUGUUUCAAUAGUGGUCGUGAUAAUACAGUAAUCACAUGCGGACGUAAUAAUGCUCGCGUGAAUUGCUCAUGAAAUUAUCUCGAAUUUUAAAAGGAUGAGGCAAGAAAAAUAGAACAAACGAUUGUGAAGAUGUGCUUUAAUUCAAAUUGGAUAAUUAUAAUUUUUUCUUUUUUGUCUUUCUUGAUUUUUAUAUAUACACAGAUAACUCCGUCUAAUCUAAUUGUUUUCCAAGUGACAAAAUAAUAAAAGAAUUUGUUUUGACAUUGCUUCAUUUUCCUUGUCAUGAUUUGAAAGUGCAUUUGCAAUGUUGCAGUAAUGAAUGAUAGAUACCGCAAAUUAACGAAAACAAAUGAUAAAGAAAAUGUAUAGCAGCGGGAAUGUUAUAGAAAUGUCGAACGUAUACAUUCUGUUUUAAAAUUGAUCAAGACAUAUUUUGAUAUCGAGAUUAAAGCUUUGUUGAGAAUUUUUAUAAUAUGUAUAGAAAUAAUAUAAUAGUACCAAAAAAGGAAA